CCGACACGCAGAAAAGAAACGGUUGAACUAAAAGUAGAAAUGUUAAUGCCCAUUAUUGCCGUCACCGCAGAGGAGAGAAAACCUUUGAGACAGCUUCAAGUGUUCAUCUUUCUUUUUUUAACAACUCAAAGAGAACUCGCCCUCUACACUGAACAUUGCACAUUCGUUAAAUUCUUCCUCGUUUGGUACAUAAAUACUUGAACCUGUCUUCCUUAUCGAAGAUCAAUCCUAGCGCUUUUUCUCUUUUCUCAAAUGGCUCCAGACAAUCCUGUAGAAGUUUCAGUUGAGGUUUUUCCUUAUCUUCGAGUUCUCAAAGAUGGCACCGUCCAGAGACUCGCAGGAACCGAAGUCACUCCAGCAGGCUUGGAUCCUGAAACCAACGUUUUCUCCAAAGACAUCGUCAUAAUACCAGAAACCAGCAUCUCUGCAAGGAUUUACCGUCCCAACACUGCAAAACCUGAAGAAAAGCUUCCUCUGGUUGUAUAUUUUCACGGCGGAGCUUUUUGCAUAUCUUCAAUCGCCGAUCCCAAGUACCAUGCAAGUCUCAACAAUCUAGUUGCAGAGGCUGGUGUUAUUCUUGUCUCAGUCAACUACAGAUUAGCCCCAGAGCAUCCUCUUCCUGCUGCAUAUGACGACUCAUGGGCUGCACUUGAGUGGGUGGCUUUAAAUGGUAAACAUGAAGCUUGGCUCAAGGAAUAUGCCGACUUUCGGAGAGUGUUUUUGGUGGGUGAUAGUGCUGGCUCUAGUAUUUCACACCACUUAGCCUUGAGGCUGAAGAAAUCAGAGUUGGGUCGACGUUUGAAGUUGGUUGGUAUCGGCAUGAUCAACCCUUAUUUCUGGGGAUCCGAGCCGAUCGGAGUGGAGAUGACGGAUCAGUUCAGGAGAAAAAUGGUGGACAAUUGGUGGAUGUUCGUUUGUCCAUCGGAUAAAGGGUGUGAUGACAAGUUAAUUAACCCGUUUACGGAUGGGGCACCGAGUGUUGCCGGCUUGGCUUGCGAUAAAGUGAUUGUUAUUGUUGCAGAGAAAGACAUACUGAGAGAUAGAGGGAGGCUUUAUUAUGAAAGAUUGGUGAAGAGUGACUGGCCAGGAAAGGCGGAGAUUAUGGAAGUGGAAGGGGAGGAUCAUGUUUUUCAUAUCUUUGAUCCUUUCUCCCAGAAGGCUAAAAGCUUGAUUAAACGUUUGGCUUGUUUCAUCAAUGAAGCAAAUGCUCCUGCUGUGUGAAAGGGCCCUGGAAUUGAGAUCAUUUCAGUAAUAGUCUGUAAUGUUUCCUUUCCACAUUCCCGAAUGAUGUACUUUGUCUGAAGAUUGUUAACUGGUUUCUGCUUUCCGUUUCACAAUCCCGAGUGAAAACAACAAUUUUAAUA